UAUUGUUUUAGAAAAGCUUCCCUAGAGUCACAGACUCCCCACCUCUAACCUCAUAAACAUAAAGCCAUAUUAGCCAUGAACUCCACCACCACCUCCCCUGACACCCACAUAGACAUCAACUUCACCUCUGGCUGCCACGCCGAUGAACCAAACCAGUCCAACACUACAGUAGUCCCUUUUCUCAUUCAGCCCUCCAAUGCCGCAUCAAAGCCUUUAAUCUUCAACCAGUUACGCAGAUUCCGCAUAUGCCUCAUGUGGUGUGCACUCGACCACUCUUCUUGCUUUGGAAAAUUCAUCUCCUACUUCAUAUUCAUAUUCUUCACCAUCCUCGUCCCCCUUAUAGCAUGCUUCUCUGCUCGAGUACCUGCCUCUGCUGAAAUUGACGACCCCAUCUCUUUCAACCUGCUUGUCCAAUUUCCUGAGUCUGGCUCAGCCAUCAUUGCUUUCUUCACUCUUUCCCGGUUCUUCAGUAGGUAUGGCCUUCGACAGCUUCUAUUCCUUGAGGGCUUAAAGGAUGAUUCUUCAUACGUACAGCGAGGAUACACACGUGAGCUUGACAAGGCGUUCCGGUUCUUAGCUUUCAUACUUCUACCAUCGUUUUUGGUGGAAAUUGCUCACAAAAUCGUAUUCUUCACCACCGUCAAAAUAUCCUUACCAUAUGUCAGUAGCGGCGUGGCACUGAAUGCCAUUGUGUUUGUUUUUGUUUUGGCCUCGUGGGUUUAUAGGACAGGGGUGUUCUUGUUGGUUUGUGUUUUGUUUCGACUCACUUGUGAGCUUCAAAUACUGAGGUUUGAGAGGCUUCGUAAGAUGUUGGAGGAUUGUGACUCUGACUGUAGUUCAAUAUUUAAGGAGCAUGGUAGGAUUAGAGAGCAGUUGUGGUUGACCAGCCAUAGGUAUAGGUUUUUCAUAAUAGCAUGUAUGGUUACCAUCUCUGUGAGUCAAUUGGGAGCCUUGUUGCUGGCUUUGGCUUCAGACUCUCAAAAGACUUUCUUCAAUUCUGGUGACCUUGUGGUUUGCUCAGCUGUUCAACUUAGUGGAUUCUUGUUAUGCCUAGUUGGAGCUGCAAGAAUCACACAUAGAGCUCAAGGAAUUGUGUCGGUUGCAACUCGAUGGCACAUGAUUGUGACUUGUGCAUCUUCUGGAUCACCCCAAUGCCAUACGCCAGAGGUUGAUGAUACCCCAGUAUCUACACACGACACUGAUUCUGAGUCCUCAGACAUUUUCGUAACAAUAUCUCCACAAGAACCUUACUUAUUCCAAACCAGACAAGCUUUAGUAACAUACUUGCAACACAACCAUGGGGGGGUCACACUGUAUGGGUUUGCGCUUGAUCGGGGAUUGCUUCACACACUUUUCGCAUUUGAGUUCUCUUUGGUGCUGUGGAUACUGAGCAAAGUGAUUGUUUUGUCUUGAGCAAAAAUAUAGUCCUAUAAAAUAUUCUGUUUGGAGGGUAUUUAGCUAAUUUGAUGUAGUAAUGUAAAGGGACAGCCAAAAGAUUCAGCUCAAUUUUCUUUCGUAACAACGUUUUAUGAUUAC